AUGAAUUUUAUAAAAAGCGCAACUAAUGCUUUAGAAACAACCACCAAAGCAGGUGCAUCUUUAUCAAGACAAGCUACUGAGCAUGCCAGUCCAGAACAAUCUAAUAUUGGAUCUGAAUUCGCUACAAGAACCAAAGGAGUUAGCCAAUCUUUUAAAAACACCUCAACAUCCUCCCCAGUCCAAAACAAUGAAGCUGAAAAUGAAGACAACUCUAACAAUAAUAAUGAAUCAGUUGGUUUAAUGGGUAAAAUUGAAGAAUCAUUGGGCUCUUUAAAUAUAAUGGGUAAUAAAAAAAACAAUAACAACACAAACAGAUCCCAUGAAAGAAACUACUCUGUAGACAAUACAGAUAAUGACAAUGAUAAUAACAGUAGCAACUCCAAUAGAAACACAAAUGAAGGAUUAAUCAGUGGUUCAUUGCAAAAGCUUCAUAGCAUUAAUGAAACAGUUGAUGAAAAACUCACCUCCUUCAAAUCUAAAAAACCAAACCAAUCACAAACAAAUAAUGAAGAUACAACUUCAACCAAUAAUGAAGGAUUUUUUGGUAGUUCAGUAAAUAAAAUUCAUAGUUUAAAUAGAAAUGUUGAAGAUAAAGUCGAAAGUGCAAUGGGAUUAAUCGGUUUAAAACCAACAUCAUCAGUUACCCACAAUACCCCAGUCCAUCAAUCAACCCAAAGUGACACAAGCUUUGUAGAAAGAUCAAGAGAUAGACUUAAUACAUCAAAUGAAGAUAAUCAAAAUAAAGGCUUUAUGGAUUCUGCCAAAGAAAAAUUAGAAAACUUUACCUCAACAAGAAAUACUUCAUCUAGAAAUAAUGAAAAUGAUGUUGAAGAACCAACCUCUAACACCAAUAAUAGAACUUCAUCUUUUAUGAAUAAUGCUAGAAAUAAAUUAAACAACAUUGAAGAAGAAACAGAAAAUAAAUUUAAUAACCCAAAUAGAAAUACCUCAUCUUAUGAUAAUGAAGAUUCAAAUAGAAACACAUCAAAUCAAAGAGAAGGUUUUUUAGAAAAUACCAGAAACAAAUUAAGCUCAUUUGGCCAAAGUGUAGAAGAAAAGUUUGAUAAUAGAACAUCCUCAUCAAAAAACAAUUAUACCAGAACAUCAAAUGAAAGUAAUGAUAAUGACUAUAGUUCAAAUGAUAACAAUAGAUCAAAUAAUUAUUAA